UUUGGCCCUAUUCAUGAAAUCAAAAUGGAUGCAAUUGCGCCCCCAUGAGAGUAUUAAGGGGAAAAAACAGACAAGAUAAGAGCGUAUGCAAACGACAAUGACGAAGAGCACAACUUUUGCCUCUGUCAAAAAAGCGGCAAGUGUCGAAUACAUGACGUAGAGCACCAUUUAGUUGACAAACCGAAGAUGGCGGAGUACCUGGCCUCCAUUUUCGGAACAGAGAAAGACAAGGUCAAUUGUUCAUUCUACUUUAAAAUUGGAGCGUGCAGACAUGGGGACCGCUGCUCUAGGUUGCACAACAAGCCAACUUUCAGCCAGACCAUUGCCCUGUUGAACAUUUACCGUAACCCUCAAAACACUGCCCAGUCUGCCGAUGGUAUACGCUGUGCCGUCAGCGAUGUGGAAAUGCAAGAGCACUAUGACGAGUUCUUUGAGGAAGUCUUCACAGAGAUGGAGGAGAAGUACGGAGAGGUGGAGGAGAUGAACGUGUGUGACAACCUUGGCGACCACCUGGUCGGCAACGUCUAUGUGAAGUUCCGUCGGGAAGAGGAUGCGGAGAAAGCGGUGAUGGACCUGAACAACCGCUGGUUCAACGGUCAGCCUGUCCACUCAGAGCUCUCCCCCGUCACUGACUUCAGGGAAGCCUGCUGUCGGCAGUAUGAGAUGGGAGAGUGCACCAGAGGAGGCUUCUGCAACUUCAUGCACCUGAAGCCCAUCUCCAGGGAACUUCGUCGGGACCUGUAUGGACGCCGCAGAAAAGGCAAAGGAGGAGGAGGAGGAGGAGGAGGACACCGCUCUCGCUCGCGAUCCCGGGAAAGGCGUUCUCGCUCCCGAGACCGUGGCCGUGGUGGCGAUGGUGGAAGAGGUGGCGGACGAGACCGCGAGAAACGGAGGUCCAGGGACCGGGAACGUUCUGGAAGGUUUUAAGAUGAGCCAAGACCUAAUUAUCCCCCUCUUCCAACCCCUUGUCCCCCCUCCUCCUUACCUCUCUCUCCCGUGAUGAAAAAUGUGUGUAACAUGUUGGAAUCCUCGUUAAUUUCAUUUCUUUUAUCCCUUUUUUUAAAGACACAAAUACAAGCUUCCGUUGCUUUCUCAAUAAAACAAGACUUUGUAGUGAUUC